CGAAAAUACUUUAUUAAGUACACUGAAACUGAACGAAGAAGAAGUUAGUUGUGAAAAUGAAGUUAAUCAUUGGUUUGGCGUUAUUCUUCAAUGUUUUAACAACACAACACAAACUGGUAAAUAGUAAAAGAUUAUUUAUCAUUGUGCCUGUAUCCUAUUAUAGUCAUCAAACCGUAUAUCAAUCAUUAUGGAGGAAGCUGCACGAACGUGGGCAUGAACUCGUGAUGUUAACUUUAAAUUCGAUUAAAGAUCCAAACUUGGCGAAUUAUACAGAAAUCAAUUAUAAUAUUACCCAUGAAAAUUUAAAGAAUAUCUUCAAUGAAAAACUAAACAGAAGAUUUACAGAAAUAGAAGCUAAUAUACUUUUAGAUACUUGUCGUCAUUAUAUUAUUGAAGAACUAUUAAAGAUUCCAGAUAUUCAAAAAUUAUUUCUGUCUGAGAGCAAUGAGAAAUUCGAUGCAGUUAUUGUGGAGACUUUAUCAUCUCCGAUUUUCUAUUUACUAGCUCAGAAAUUCAAUGCUCCUUUAAUAGGUAUCAUGUCGCUACAGUUACGUAAUUUUGAACGAUAUUUGUUGGGAAGUCCAAUAUUGUCAUCGCAUCUUUCGAAUUGGGAAAUAGAAGAUAUCUCAACUAAUCCAACUUUCUGGCAAAGAUUGAAUAAUUUCAUAAACACCUAUUAUUACAUAUAUUACUGGCUUUAUAUCUUCAUUCCUAUUCAACAAAUGCUAGCUAACAAGUAUUUAGGAGAUAAUGUACCCAGUAUCAUCGAAGCUGCACAAAAUAUGAGCCUUGUUGUCGCCAAUUCUCACAUGAUAUAUUUAUAUUCCCGACCAGAAAUACCCAACGUUGUUUAUUAUAAUAACGUUCAUAUUUCCAAGAUACCACCAACUUUGCCCACAGAUUUACGUAUAUUUCUUGACAAUGCUACAAACGGAUUUAUAUAUAUGAGCCUUGGUUCAACAGUAAAAUAUGAUUAUUUGAUGGAAAAUACAAAAACACUAUUUUGGAAUGUACUCUCUAAGUUACCUUGGCCGGUAGUAUGGUCGCGAAGUGAUGCAGAUAGUAUUAAAAAUUUCUCAUAUCACUUCGAUAAAAUAUUCAUUUCAAAGUGGGUUCCUCAGCAAGGCAUUUUGGCUCACCCCAAUAUUAAAUUAUUUAUAUAUCAAGGUGGCCUUCAAAGUACCGAAGAAGCUAUAUAUUAUGGUGUGCCACUUAUAGGAAUACCAAUAAUAUUUGAUCAAGAGUAUAACGUAAAAAGAAUGGCGACUUUGGGUGUCGCUAGACAUCUUCAUCUGAUCAAUAUUACCGAAAAAGUAUUUAACGAUUCAAUUUAUGAUAUAUUUAAUAACAGAGAAAGAUAUAGAGAAAAAAUGUUAGAGCUUCAGAACAUCGUCAAUGACGUUCCUUACGAUACAUUGGAAAAUGCUGUGUGGUGGAUCGAAUAUGUUAUACGUAAUAAAGGAGUCCCGUAUUUACAAUUUGACGAGAAAUAUAAACCAUACUAUCAACGAUACGAUAUAGAUAUUAUCGUACUCUUAUCAAUAUUCAUCAUUUUUCUAAUCCUUUUUCUGCUAUAUAUUGUAUUAACAAUCUCGUCAUAUAUAAUAAUACGUUAUCGAUUCACAAAAGAGAAACUUUCUUAA